AAACGUUUUCAAAUACGUUCACCAUGGAAAACAGAGGGGGAGAUAUUGACAUCGAUGAGCCAGGAUGUGCAGACCAAACCAGGCCGCAAACAGAAACUCUGGGAACAAAGUACGUUGAAAUGGAAGAGAUUGACUUCUGCCCAUAUUCGCCGAGCCCAGAAGAAAAAGCGUUUUUUGAAGCAGUUCGUAGCGGUAAUUCAGCCGAAGUGGAAGAGCUGAUAAAUGUAAAACACGUGGAUGUAGACUGCACAAAUGUCAACGGGGAAACGGCGCUACAAAUAGCAGUGAAGAAGGAAGCGUUUGAUGUAGUUCAAACGCUGUUACGGAAUAAGGCAGACAUCGGGGCGGCCUUGUUCGAAGCCGUCAGGAAUAACUCGUUGCAGUAUGUCAGAAUUCUUGUAGCACACGAUUCAAGACAUCGAAAAAAUACAGCUGUUAAAACGCUUGAAAAAUUGUCAGCAACACAACAUCGAAGCAGACCAGAGAAUUUCGAGGAAUUUUUGACGCCGCUUGUCCUUGCUGUGCUGAACGGAAACUAUGAAAUUGUUGAAUUCUUUGUCAGCAAAGGUUACAGAGUCGACCAUCCGAAUACGCAGAAACCUCAAAGUGAAAGUGGAUCAAUGGUCAGACUUAAAGAUUCUUUAUUCAAGCUUAACACUUAUAAAGCGUUAGCAAGCCCCUUAUACAUUUCGCAGACUUUCCUCCACGAGAAUCGCGAGCGAAAAGAACUGAACAAAAAGGGUUCUAGUUAUAAAGCGAACGACCCUUUGUACAGAUCAAUUGUUCUGAGGCGGAAGCUUAAGCAACUAGGACACAGUGAAAACGAAUUUCGUGAGGACUAUUUCGCCCUCUCCGCGCAGAGCGAAAAUUUUGCAGUCAGUCUGUUAGAUGAAUGUAGAAAUCUCGAGGAAAUAGCUGCGGUUAUGGAUGUACCGGAAGCUGAAACAUGGAACGGGAAGGUACAAUUGAGACAAAAGGAACACACAUUACGCGUUCUUAACCUCGCUAUAAAAUAUCGCAACAGAAAGGUAAGAGUGCUUUUUAAUUUUCUUCCUAUUUUUCUUUUAUCCCAAGAGGAGAGACCUUUUUUUGGCCAUGAAAGAGAGACGUUUUAUUCCCGAAAAGAAAGAAUGAAGAACAGAGAACAGUAGUUUUUGGCAUGGAGAGCAAAAACACUUAACCUUUUUCCGGCUAUCCAUGAUUCACCCAACUUGCGAAUGCAGACGUAUUUCCGGCCGUCGCUUUUCUCUCUAACCGAAAAGUUCGAGUGGAGACUGAGGGACGAUCGGAAAUACGUCUGUGUUCGCAGGCUAUGAUUCACACGCGAGGUAGAAAAAGCACCAGAAAAGUCUUCUGUCCUCAUAGAUUAAAAUAACGUUACAUUCUUUCUUUUCGCCUUUUAUUUUUGGGCCUUACUAGUGGAGGUUUGGGAGCAGAAUACAAGCCCCGUCCACAAGUAUCCGGAUAUUUUAAAGAAACUGCUACUUUUUCCUUCCAGAUUAAAAAAAUUCCAUGUACACACGUAUUGGUAUUCAAAUCGAAUUUGCCCGUCCACACAUAUCCGACACAUAUCCAGAUUCACUCUGGGAAUAUUGGCAACAGAGCAUGAGUCUUAUACCGAGCAAAAUUUGCAUCUUACAAUUUGCAUCGACAAGUAUAGACAGAACCGGGCGACGAGGUUGCCAUCUUGAGCAGUAUUCACGGUAAAGAACUGGGCUCAAUCUUUUUACGUCACCGGAUUAAGAAAGUAUCUGGAUUUAAUUUAGCGUCCACACGAUUCAAGAUUCAUAGCGUAAUCAAAAAUUUCCACUCAGGAGAGCAGAUUCAAAAAGUUGCGGAUUCGUAUGCCGGGUUCACCGAAUGCGUGUGGACGGAUAGCGUAUCCGGAAAGAAAAAGUUGCGGAUUCAAAAAUAUCGGGACACGUGUGGAAGGAGCCUCAAAUGACCUACGUGCGAGCAUGACCAACAAACGGGAUAUGCAAUAUUAGUUUGCAAGCUUUUCCUAAAUAGGGUCUUAAUCUUCUGAAAAGAAACAACACAGCAUUUAUUUUCCUUUGUUUGUACAAUCUUUUCUAAAACAGAGACUACAUUUCUGUACAGUAGUAUUUUUCUAAGCUUCAAUUUGGGGCGCUACUUAAGGGAAAUUGUUACUUUGAUAAAGAAUUACGGAUUGUUCCGGGAGCAUCAACUUUUAAUGUUAACGUGAUGGCUUUCGUGGAGUCGUUACAGUUACUGUGGAACCUAAGCAUUUCAGUGGUGUACGUCCAUAUGAAAACAAAACCUACUACCUACAUCAGUCUAAGGGGGAAAUUGAUUUUUAAGUAAGUUCACAGGAAGAAGAUGGAAUUCGAAAAAGCGAAAAUGCUGAUAUGUUUAUGUCUUUUAGUUUAUAGCUCAUCCCUACAGCCAAAUUAUGCUGAACACGAUUGCUUACAAGGGGUCGGGAAAAUGGAAUCAACUGUCCUUCAGAACGAAAUUUCUUCUGAUGAUAUUGUAUGCACUUUUCAUGCCACUUUGCAUGCUGGGAUACAUGUUCACUCCUGCCAACCGACUGAGAAAGAAGAUGGAGACUCCUCUGUGCAAGCUCAUGAGCCAAGCGUCUUCCGUCCUGUGGUUCUUGGCUUUGGUGGCAAUGUCGGCCUUCCAAGAUAAAUAUGACUCGUUCCUGCGCUUAUCACCACUAAGUGAGUUCGAAUACAAGUUUAUACUAUAAGCGACUUUGUCAUGCUAUUUGCAAGUUUUUUGAAAAGCUAAUUUUUUGUCGCAUCGACUGAAUUCCAAAGAUAGCGGUCCAUUUUUGUCAUUCAGUUAAGACUAGUUUAGUGCAUUUUGCAUUGAAACUGUUUCUCGUCGUCUGUUGCAACAGAUUAAAAGGAUGGACUUGAAAAAGUUCACCAAAAAAUGUUAUGGUUAGUGCUCCGUGGUGAACUGGUUGGUUUGAUAUCUUCUUCAUAACGCUGAUCAGAAGAAACAUUUUGUGUAUGGGUAAAGGUACUUGUACAAAAACAGCAAUUAAUCCUCCUGUCAAAACCCCUUAAAAAAUCGCUCUUUCUCGUUAGGGAAACGAGAAAGCCGUUAACCAAGGAACCAACGACUCUCGAGAUUUCUCAACAGAGAGCUUUUUUAUUGUAUACUCGCUAAGUAAUCGUGCGCCGGAACACUGACGACUUCGUACAAGUUCGUAGAGCCAAAUAUCCUCAAAUUCUUAUACUCUUCCCUCCUGUUGACAGUUAAUCACAUGGCGUCAUUUCAGUGAAGAGAGCCGAUCUAUGAAGAUGUAAAACAAACUGGGUUUAAAGAUACGUACCCGAGAUGAAUAAUCUUAGUGUUUUCAUAGGGUUUGCAAUCCACUUGCUCUACAUAAUGCAAUACUUGACAAGGCAAAGAAGUUUCAGUACUUGCUUAACCCCUCAUUUGCGUAAUGAAUUACGAGUACUAAACGAGACAAAAUAGGACUAACUUGGAAUUAUUACUAAAUGUUCCAUAUUCCAAAACAAAUACCUUCUCUAACUUCCUUUGAGUUAGCUCUGAAUUGGGGUCUUUUUUGUUAAAAAAAAACCGCUUCAGAACAUCAUUAGGGUCUAAUUUAGGCCAUUUCAGCUGCUAAUCACUAUUGAUUUUGUCUGGGCCCGCGGGCGUGGAUAAGUCCAGAUUAGCUUGGAACAGUUCGUGAUAGAGCUACGUUCGUUCAAAUUAUGCUUAAUGAGUCAAGCAUUUAUAUCUUAGGAAUAUUUAUUCAUUUUACUUGAUUUAUUAUUUAUCUAUUUUUAUAGCUGUUAUUAUUGGUAUCUGGGUGGUUGGUAUAAUCGUCCAAGAAAUAAAGCAAGCCAUGUAUCAAGGCAUGGAACGAUAUCUCGGUGAGUGGUGGCACCUUGCCGUCAUACCCAUGAUCAUUAGCUACGUUCUUGCUGCUGUACUAUGGCUCGUGGGCUACGCUUCUUUAGCAAGAGAUUCUGAUGAUUGGACUGUGUCUCUUAGCAAGCUAGAAGAUGCCUCUUCAUUGGGCCCGUAUCAUCUCUUGCUGCUAUCAAACAGUUUCUACGCAUUUGCAGUGCUUCUAACAUUCUUUGAAGCCUCGCAUCUUCUCCAAGUUGACUCUACUUUGGGACCGCUGCACCUGUCCCUUAUGAUGAUGACCAAGGAUAUUGUCAGAUUUUUCGCGCUCUUUGCCCUGAAUUUUUGCGCGUUUGCUUUUGCCAUGAGGAAACUGUACUCCCAGUACGUGCAGCUAACUGCAGCACAAGUUGCCAAGAGUCGUAACGCCACUAAUACAUCCCACCCUUUUGAAAGGUAGGAAACAGAGACAAUGUACAUCUAAUUCCAAAAUGAUAGCAAAAUAACGCUUCCCCUUAAAACUAGACUCUCAUAGCCCUUUAUCAUGAAGACAAAUAAAAAAAAUGUUUUGAUUUUUAUUGAUUUUCAAUAUCAACCAAUUAGUUGUUAUUGAUUUUAUUGACUAUUAUUGAUGUUAUUGAUUAUUGAUUUUGAUUAAAUGGUAUCGUCGUGAACAAAGGCAUCGGCCUUGAAAUUCCUGCAACGUUUACGUUUCAUCACAAGAAAGAGUCAAAGAUACUGAAAGUAAGAGAACUAUGUAAUAAAUGGCAAGGAGGAUAAAGAGGAUAAAGUUGAUAAACAGGGGCCGGUUUAGAACGCAGUAUCAUUUUCAUAUAUCAUCGCACCUAGCUGUUGACAGAAACGUUAAAGAUUAUUAUAACAUAGCUAGAAAAUUCGCCUAAUCAAAUCAAUAGCGCGAACGUGCUUCAUAUUCCUAUUGAGCACACUGAUGACGUCAAUAAACUAUUCGUAAUUCCUCUAGUUGUUGUGAACUUAGCAAUCCUGACUGUCCUGAGUGCAUCCAUAACUCAGCAGUGCACGAUGAAGCGUUUACUAUGUGUUUUAUAAGGAAAUUUAUGAGGAAACGUUUGAAUUUGUUAACCGAUAGUAAGGAAAAGAGGUGAGUGUUGUUGUUGAGCGAGCUGUGCGCUUGGGAAGUUUGGAGAACACUCAAGGGGCUAGAGUUGCACACGCCUCUUUCGUGCUCUCCAAACUUCCCGCGUGCUCAAUAUCUCGACAUACGCACGCUGACGCAUGAACUAAUAGUUAACUGUACUUUAGUUUUUCUUAAAUUUUGACUGUGUACUGAUAAUACCGCUUAAUUCUAAUUAUACCGGGAAUAUCGUGGUAUCUGGGUUCUGUUUCAUACAUUUUACUGUAACUUUUGCCGGGACAUAGAAUAUUCAUAGUUUUAAACUAGAACAUCGUUUUAUCGAGGAUCGUUAAAUUGCAGUUCCACUAAGUGUAUAUGUGAGCUAACAGAUAGCUUGUACGUGUUCUUUUAACAGAAUCGAGGGAACCGUGGAGACAUUGUUUUGGGCAUUGUUCGGACAUGUCGAAUUUUCUGCUUUUGAAACGGACGAGAACUCAAAGAUUACCAUGGUUACAGGACAGAUUUUGUUCGCAGUAUACAGCCUCGCUUCCAUACUGGUUGUACUAAACCUACUGAUCGCUAUGCUCAAUAACUCAUACAAGAAGGUUGAUGUAAGUGCAAUGUUGUGUCUACAAAAAUCGGUUUAUAAUAAAAUUGUAAAACGCAUACAAACUAACGUGCCAAUGGAUGGGUCACACAAGAACAGUAUAAUUGGUAUUGCGCCAACAUCCCUUUCCACGUGUUCUCAGCCAUAAAAGGAGAAGUUUGCAUGUACUAUCACAGUAACACGUACGUACAUAGCAUAAGUAAAUAUUGCAACCGUGAAAAUAAUAAUUAAUAAUAAAGAAAAAUGUGGUUAGCUUACGAAAGGAUAAGAAAAACAUAUCAUGAAAACUUUUGUUUUUUGGCCAUCGUAGUUUAAACAAAAAUGAAACACCAGCAGCGGUGAUAAACGUUGUCAAAUUUCGUAUUUUGAUAAGUGGCGUAUCGUAUGCUAGUCAACAACCAUUUUCAAAAGUGUUCUAAAGUGACCGUUACAGAUUAUGACGAGACUAUUUACACAAAAUUUACAAGGGGUCUGGGAAUGAGAUUAAGAAGUCAAAAUUCUUAACAGUUAUAAUUACAUAAGGCAACAGCUAACAAAGCAUCAGCUUGUCACUGCUGAUGCUGACCUGAUGUUGUGCUUGACCCGCUAAUAAAUAACACACGAAUAAGUACUUUGCUUCAUUUUCUCCGGUCACAACCUUUACUUUUAUCGUUGAAAGAAGUUGAAAACAUGAUUUUCAUCAAAAAAUGACUUGACCACCUGCUAUUUGUGACGUCAUAUUUCGUAACCAUAGAAACUGGUCGUCACUAAACUUGUCUCAAAAUGCGCGCGAGGGAAAAACGAACUGCAACUGAAAAAGUCUGGGGCUAGCUGAUGUUUGAUUGUCUAGGAAUUCUCAGUGGUCUUGUAAGUCAGAGGUUAAAACUCGGGCCGGAGUUCAGCCUACGCCAAACCUUAACGCGUUCUUAUUUUGAAAGUGAUUUGCGUUGUGAAGUAUUCUGAAAUAAACUGAGCUUAUUACUGUGUGAUAAAUGAUACCAGGUAUAUUACCUUUAAGGAGAUUUAAUUCAGUCGCUUCGAAAUCCCUGUUUAUAUUACACAGUACAGUUUUCUUAUACAACACUCGUAGGAGAUCGAUACGACAUCUAGAUCUGAAGACCUUUGCCUUAAAUUACCUUGAUGUUAUAAGUAUUUUAUACGUCUAUAUUUGCUUUCUUUCAGAAAGAGAAGGACACUAAAUUCAAGUUUGCGAGGACGCGUAUCUGGAUGUAUUACAUCAGUGAAGGCAGUCCUCUACCACCGCCAUUUAACCUGAUACCAGUAGAAAAAAUUGCCUCCGCAGUCCGUUGGCUUGCUAGAAGAUACAGUUGGGUUAAAAAAGUAAGUAAGUAAGUAGCAAAGCCUCACUGCAUCCACGUGAAACAAUGAUUUAAACGCUAAGAAAUUAAAAAGGAAUUAAUUUUUUGGUAAAAACUAAAACAACUAUAGACUCGAACCAAGCUCACAAGAUUUUAAAUCUACUAAAUAUUUCUUACGAUAAUCGAUCUACAACUUAUAUUCUCAGACACAUGUCAGGAGACGUAAAUGUGCAUGUUUCUUUGGUUUCUAUUCUCGUGCAAAUAGUUUCUCAAGCUUUACGCCUGAAAACUAUCCGGAUAGGUUGCAUGCUUGGCCUGAAAUAAAAACGAUCGUUUUCUUUCGUUUCCUGUCGUUGUUUUUGUUGUCAUUUUUUGGCUACUUCAAGCACUGUUUUCAUGGUAUUAUCAAUAGAGUCUUUUGUAAUCCUUUUUUAGUGUCUUGGUUGUAUCAAAACAGAAGAAAUUACAUCAGAUACAGUUAAAACUAAUCAGAAAAGGGUAAGUAUGUCAACUUUUAGAAAAUUAGAAUGAACCUCUACUCUCAUCAUAUAAGUAAGAAUAGUGAUAACCAAAGUAAAUCAAUCUCAAUAAACGGGCCGGACUAAGAGAAAGUGUACCUUAGCUUCGAUCAAGAGGGAAGAAAGCAGGCUCUCCUAUAUUUGGGGUUCUUGUCGAAAAUUCCCUUUUAGAAGUGCUAAUUCUAAAACAACGCAGCUGGACUAGCUCAGUCGGUAGAGAGCUUGACUGCAGAGCGAGUGUGUCGCGGUUUCGACCCCUCGGGGUCUGGCCAAUAUACUGACAGGGUCCACAUUUACAGGACACUGCGAAAUAAAUGUUGUGCCUUUGCUUUGCAAAGGGCUGGUACUUUGAGUGGCUCGGCCGGAUGACGACGUAAAGUGGCAGUCCUGUCUCCAGUAUGGAAACGUAAAAAUAGAGUCGUCAAAUAGUACUUUCAUGCUCAAUACAUUGACACAGCAACACAACGCGUUUUUUCUUAAUUUUGAUCGGCCGAUUCAUUUGAAAAAAUGAGUGAUUUCAUAAAUCGGUAGGUGGUCAUUUAAUAAUUUAGCCAGACAGUGCAGUGUUCUCAGUCGAGGAGGAGCGAUGUCAAAUUUCAAAAGUUUUUCGCACAUAAGGGCAUUAAUAACCAUUAUUCUUCAGCGAACAAUUAUCUAUAAAGAAUGAGAAGGGAAGAAUGGGAGGCAGGCAUGGAAAGGUGCCACUUAUUGACAUCGUUUUUAAAUUCCUUAUAAACGUAACUCACGUUCGACUAGUCGUUACAAGGUAACUAUUUUGUAUCCUUUGCUUCCUCAUUCUUCUAUCUUCUCGAGGUAACAGACUAUUUAUUUCUCCGUGCUGUGCUACAGUAAAAACCCGUGAGUAAGAACCUGAAAAUUAAGAACCUGUUAACCUAAAAUUUGCCAUUUAUACCCCCUAUAAAGAACCAGUUUAGGCUAGAAAAUGAAAAAUCAUAUUAGCAAAAUGCAGCGGCAAAGCUGUGCAAGAAUCCUGUUUGGAGAAUUAGGAGCUUAGUAUUGCUGUGCAAAUAAAAGUGCUAAUCUAUUGAUGUAAUAAAAAAAUAAAGUGCAAGAAGUUAAUAUUAUUGUAUGGCAUUUUGAAAUUGAAAAGUAGGCUGAUUACCAUCUUGUUUUGUAGCUUGUUUUUUUCUUUCUUUUUUUCUUUUUUUCACAGAAAUAAGAACCUAUUUAAGAACCUAAAUAGCCUAAAAUUGUGUUAACUACCAUUUAAAUAAGAACCCGUUUAGGCUAACUCCAUAAAAAGUAGGUUCUUACUUGCGGGUUUUUACUGUAUAUGUGCCACGUAUAGAGUUUAUGGCAUACAUGUGGAAAGUCCUUCAAUUGGAAUUGAACUCAGUCAUCAUGACAUUCAGACGAAAUUGAACUCUAAGUCAAUGACAUUUUCAUUAACCACGCCUUUUUUGUUUUUGUUUUCUGUUUAGCGACGGGUCGUUAUCAAAAAUUUGAUUCAUCGCUAUUUUUCUGGUAAACAAAAUACGCUAAGGAAGGAACCCGAUAAGGACACCACUCCCUCAGAAGAGGACACCCCCGAGGGGGAAGAUGAGGUACAAACGAAGCUGAUAGAGGUCACUAAAACAUUGCAAAGCCUGCAAAAAGCAGUUCAUCAGUUUCGCCAUAAGACACCAACGGUAAGAAUAAGG